AUGAGUGCAUCUAAUCAGCUUAACAAAGUUCUCAUCUGGAAUCCUAGCUAUAAGAGCGCUGGAGAACAUAGUUCCAGCUUUUGCUGGAGUACACACCACAAGGAGGUUGGAAUGGAUGGCAACUGCCGACUAGCCAUAUUCGCCACUCCAGUUUCCACAAAGUCGGAUCUGGAAGGCCUUGAUGAUCUAGGGACCGUUUAUAGCAACGUUGACCAGCAGCUGAAUGAAACAAUGAGGCGCCGCAGACACGCAGGAGAAAACGAUUACAACAUCGAGGUUCUGCUGGGAGUGGAUGACUCUGUGGUCCGUUUCCAUGGCAAAGAGCACGUCCAAAACUACCUCCUCACCCUGAUGAACAUUGUGAAUGAAAUUUACCAUGAUGAGUCCCUGGGAGUGCAUAUAAAUGUGGUCCUGGUGCGCAUGAUAAUGCUGGGUUAUACAAAGUCCAUCAGCCUCAUAGAAAGGGGAAACCCAUCCAGGAGCUUGGAGAACGUGUGUCGCUGGGCUUGCCAACAACAAAAAUCUGAUCCCAACCACUCUGAACACCAUGAUCAUGCAAUUUUCUUAACCAGGCAAGACUUUGGACCUGCUGGAAUGCAAGGAUAUGCUCCAGUCACAGGCAUGUGUCAUCCAGUGAGAAGUUGUACCCUGAAUCAUGAGGAUGGUUUUUCAUCUGCCUUUGUAGUAGCUCAUGAAACUGGCCAUGUGCUGGGAAUGGAGCACGAUGGACAAGGCAACAGGUGUGGUGAUGAGACUGCCAUGGGAAGUGUCAUGGCGCCCUUGGUGCAAGCAGCAUUUCAUCGUUACCACUGGUCCCGAUGCAGUGGCCAAGAAUUGAAAAGAUACAUCCAUUCCUAUGACUGUCUCCUUGAUGACCCUUUUGAACAUGAUUGGCCCAAACUCCCAGAACUUCCUGGAAUCAAUUAUUCUAUGGAUGAGCAAUGUCGUUUUGAUUUUGGAGUUGGUUAUAAAAUGUGCACUGCGUUCCGAACCUUUGACCCAUGUAAACAGCUGUGGUGUAGCCAUCCUGAUAAUCCCUACUUUUGUAAGACUAAAAAGGGACCCCCACUUGAUGGGACUGAAUGUGCUGCUGGAAAAUGGUGCUACAAGGGCCAUUGCAUGUGGAAGAAUGCUAAUCAACAAAAACAAGAUGGCAAUUGGGGAUCAUGGACCAAAUUUGGCUCCUGUUCCCGGACGUGUGGAACUGGUGUUCGUUUCAGAACACGCCAGUGCAAUAAUCCAAUGCCCAUCAAUGGUGGUCAGGAUUGUCCUGGUGUUAAUUUUGAGUACCAGCUUUGUAAUACAGAAGAAUGCCAAAAACACUUCGAGGACUUCAGAGCACAGCAGUGCCAGCAGCGUAACUCCCACUUUGAAUACCAGAAUGCCAAACACCACUGGUUGCCAUAUGAACAUCCCGACUCCAAGAAAAGAUGCCACCUUUACUGUCAAUCCAAAGAGACUGGAGCUGUUGCUUACAUGAAACAGCUGGCGCACGAUGGGACUCGCUGUUCUUACAAAGAUCCGUACAGCAUAUGUGUGCGAGGAGAGUGUGUGAAAGUGGGCUGUGAUAAAGAAAUCGGUUCUAACAAGGUUGAGGAUAAGUGUGGUGUCUGUGGAGGAGAUAAUUCCCAUUGUCGAACCGUAAAGGGGACAUUUACCAGGACACCCAGGAAGCUUGGGUACCUUAAGAUGUUUGAUAUACCCCCUGGUGCUAGACAUGUGUUAAUCCAAGAAGACGAGGCUUCUCCUCAUAUUCUUGCCAUUAAGAACCAGGCUACAGGCCAUUAUAUUUUAAAUGGCAAAGGGGAGGAAGCCAAGUCGCGGACUUUCAUAGAUCUUGGUGUGGAAUGGGAUUAUAACAUUGAAGAUGACAUUGAAACUCUUCACACCGAUGGACCUUUACAUGAUCCUGUUAUUGUUUUGAUUAUACCGCAGGAGAACGAUACCCGCUCUAGCCUGACGUAUAAGUACAUCAUCCAUGAAGACUCCGCACCUACAAUCAACAACAACAAUGUCAUCCAGGAAGAAGUAGAUACUUUUGAGUGGGCUUUGAAGAGCUGGUCUCAGUGUUCCAAACCCUGUGGUGGAGGUUUCCAGUACACUAAAUACGGAUGCCGCAGGAAAAGUGAUAAUAAAAUGGUUCAUCGCAGCUUCUGUGAGGCCAACAAAAAGCCAAAACCAAUUAGAAGAAUGUGCAAUAUUCAAGAGUGUACACAUCCACUCUGGGUAGCGGAAGAGUGGGAGCAUUGCACCAAAACCUGUGGGAGUUCCGGCUACCAGCUUCGCACCGUGCGCUGCCUUCAGCCACUCCAUGAUGGCACCAAUCGCUCUGUGCACAGCAAGUACUGCGUGGGUGACCGUCCUGAGAGCCGCCAGCCUUGUAACAGAGUGCCCUGCCCUGCCCAGUGGAAAACGGGGCCCUGGAAUGAGUGUUCAGUGACCUGCGGUGAAGGAACAGAGGUGAGGCAGGUCCUCUGCAGGGCCGGAGAUCACUGCGACGGCGAAAAGCCCGAGUCGGUCAGAGCCUGUCAGCUGCCUCCCUGUAAUGAUGAGCCAUGUUUGGGAGAUAAGUCUAUAUUCUGUCAAAUGGAGGUGCUGGCACGAUACUGCUCCAUUCCAGGUUAUAACAAGUUAUGCUGUGAGUCAUGUAGCAAGCGCAGUAGCACCCUGCCACCACCAUACCUUCCAGAAGCUGCUGAAACUCAUGAUGAUGCUAUCUUUAACCCUAGUGACCUCCCUGGAUCUCUAGUGAUGCCUACAUCUUUGGUUCCCUAUCAUUCGGAGACCCUUGCUGAGAAGAAAUCUUUGAGUAGCAUCUCUUCAGUGGGAGGUCCAGAUGCAUAUGCUGCUUUCAGGCCAAACAAUAAACCUGAUGGUGCUAACUUACCCCAGAGGAGAGGUCAGCAAGCAGGAAGUAAGACUCUGAGACUGGGCUCCCCACCCACCAAGCAUGACCACCUCAAUUCAUCUUCACAAAUGGCUGCUGCCCCCUUCUUUGCAGUCAGUGAUUCAAUAGGUGCUUCUUCUCAGGCAAGAACCUCAAAGAAAGAUGAAAAGAUUAUUGACAAGAGAGGUCCAGUAAGAUCAUCCACCUUGGAAAGAUGAGAAAGUGAACCUAAAAGGCUGGAAGUCAGAGGAAAACCCGGACAACCUCCCUCUCCCCAUGGUGCAUACAGCUUGUUUAAAGUGGAAAUCUCCAUAGAUUAUCAAUUCAUCUGUAAGUGGAAGAAAAAAAGUGCUGGUUCACUUUCUAGUUGCUUUCGUCCUCCUUUUGUUCUGCAUUGACUCAUUUACCAGAAUUCAUUGGAAGAAAGCACCAAAGAUUAAACAGAAGGAAAGUAGGUUGCUAAAUGUGUUGGUCACUCUCUAAAGCAGAAAAGGGACUGGAACUAAUUGUGUAUAUCAGCCGAUUUUUUUGUUUUAAAAAAGUUACAGUAAAAAUAAAAAAGAGGUGCCAACAGUUUAACAAAAUAUUUUGGAAAUGGAGCAAAGAAUUCUUAGACUUGUAUUCCUAUUUAUCUAUAUUAGAAAUAUUGUAUGAGCAAAUUUGCAGCUGUUGUGUAAAUACUGUAUAUUGCAGAAAUCAGUAUUAUUUUAAGAGAUGUGUUCUCAAAUGAUUGUUUACUAUAUUACAUUUCUGGAUGUUCUAGGUGCCUGUCAUUGAGUAUUGCCUUAUUUGACAUUGUAUGGGUUGAUUUUCAAAGCAGAAUAUUACAAAGAAGAAGUUAGAAUUGCAGCUACUGACAGUACAAAGGGUUUUGUUGUGUGGUUUUGUUUAAUCACAAUGUGAUACCUAAAUUACAGAAAAAGAAAAAAACAGAUAUGCUGCAAGUAUACAGAUUUCAUCUUACCUGUUACCUUCUAUCCUUUGAAUAAAAAGGAAUAGGAUUGCUGUCUUAGUAUACUUGUGGUCACAGGGAUCAGAGACCACCAGUAAAUGAGCCUGUGCAAGACAAAACUGAAACCCUCUUAUCAGGACCUCAGUGGGCACUAUCGAAGUGUCCUAUGUUCUCGUGUUUUUCACGUUCCCAUUGCUGGCAUGUAGAAAUAGUUAUACGCAAUGCACUGUAGUAAUAACAAAGGAAAAAUAUUUGGUAGCUGAGGAAAACAUCAUCAAACUACAACUGACAUGUGGUGUAGUAGGGUAAUGGGGCUUUGAAAAUAGGUUCAAGAAAGCGUAUGUCAAUGGUUGCGAUAUUUAUUUUCCGCAUGGUUCAUAUCCAAAUGUUCACAACCACAAUGCAUCUGACUGCAAUAAUGUGCUAGUAAUUUAUGUCAGUGGUCACCUCGCUCACAGUGAAGCCAGAAAUGCUCUCUCCAGGGAGUGGAUGUAAAGUACUUGUAUAUAGAAUUCAGAACUGAAGAUAUUUAUUAAAAGUUGAUUUUUUUUCUUGAUAGUAUUUUUAUGUACUAAAUAUUUACGCUAAUAUCAGUGACAUAUUUUGGUAAACUAGAGAGACGUAAUUAGAGAUGCAUGCUUUGUUCUGUGCAUAGAAGAGAUAUUUAAGCAAACUACAUCAGUCAAAUCAAGGAGCUAAAAUGGAACAAAUUUGAUGUUAUGCAAACCUGUUGCAUUUUUAAAGUAGUUGAUACAAAGUUGAUGACUUAUUCCCCUUCAACAAAACAUAAAAUAGUACGGACUUAGAUAGCUAGCUGUUUAAUGAAAUAGUGAAUUAGAAACAUUUUUGUUUUAAAUAUGUGAAUUCAUAAAUUACUUCAUUAAUUACACUUAAAAGAAAAAGGAAAGAUAAGUAUUGUCACCAUAAUGCUUUUGAGGUCAGUUUCUGAACUGUCUAAUAAUAUAUUAUGCAAACUAAAAUGUAGAUAUGUUAACCGCUCAAAGCACAGAAUGUGCAAGGGCUGUUGCACUUAAGCAUGGUAAACUAACAGCUUCACCUAUUGAUUCUAUACCUCUAAAGAAUCGCUGCUACUUUGUGCAAAACUUUUGAAAGUCAAAGAAAUUAGGUGAGUUCCAGAUCGUAACAGAAUCCUUGAGCCUCAAGUAGAAGUCACUUUUUUCCUAAAAAUUUCCCCAGAAUAAAAUUCUCUCUAGUUUUCUUGCGUGUAUUCGUCUGGUCCACAGUGGAAUACAGAGAAAGAUGGUCACACACAUACACCUCCCAUAAAGAUGUACAUAGUCGUUAUCCUUCUGAACUUUGAGCUUCCUUUUCUACUAAGCUAAAAAUUUCUUUUUAUCAAAGUGUACACUACUGAUGCUGUUUGUUGUAUUGGGAGCACGUAGCAAUAAAAAUGUUAACAAAAUAUA